AUCACCUGAUAAACGCAAAGAUGGCUGGCCGGUUAAUGCAAGCAGCAAGAUGCCCAACAGAUGAACUGUCUCUCACCAACUGUGUGGUUGCAAGUGAGAAGGACUUCAAACCUGGACAGCACUUGCUCAUUAAAAUCACACCAACUCAGAAGUUUGUUUUCACAGUGAAAACCCACCCAAGCAUUGUCCCUGGAACCAUUGCAUUCAGUCUACCUCAGAGGAAAUGGGCUGGACUUUCUCUAAACCAGGAUGUGGAAGUCACCGUGUACAACUUUGACCCAUCAAGACAGUAUGUGGGAACAAUGACGCUAGAGAUUGACUUCCUGCAGAAGAAGAGCAUCGACAGCAACCCUUAUGACUCUGAUAAAAUGGCAAUUGAAUUUAUCCAGUUUUUCAACGCACAGGCUUUUAGCAUAAGCCAGCAGUUUGUCUUCAGCUGCUGUGAUAAGCUUUUCGGGCUGGUCAUAAAAGAUAUUGAGGCCAUGGAUCCCAGCAUCCUCAGGGGCGAGCAAAACUCUAGCAAGAAACAGAAGAUAGAGAUUGGUCUGUUGCACGGCAACAGUCAGGUGAUUUUUGAGAAAGCAGAGAGCUCAUCUCUAAAUUUGAUUGGAAAAGCAAAGACUAGAGGCUCUCGCCAGUCUAUUAUCAACCCUGACUGGAACUUUGAGCGCAUGGGUAUUGGAGGCUUGGACAAGGAGUUCUCGGACAUCUUCCGCCGGGCCUUUGCAUCUCGAGUCUUUCCUCCAGAUAUAGUGGAGCAGAUGGGCUGUAAACACGUGAAGGGGAUCUUGUUGUUUGGGCCACCUGGCUGUGGUAAAACCCUGAUGGCACGUCAGAUUGGGAAGAUGCUGAAUGCCAGAGAACCCAAGGUGGUCAACGGGCCAGAGAUCCUCAACAAAUACGUAGGCGAAUCAGAAGCUAACAUCAGAAAGCUGUUUGCUGACGCAGAGGAGGAGCAGAAGAGGUUGGGGGCCAACAGCGGACUACACAUCAUCAUAUUUGACGAGAUUGAUGCCAUCUGUAAGCAACGUGGCAGCAUGGCGGGCAGCACAGGGGUCCAUGACACUGUGGUCAACCAGUUACUGUCCAAGAUUGACGGUGUAGAGCAGCUCAACAACAUCCUGGUCAUUGGGAUGACCAACAGGCCUGACCUGAUCGAUGAAGCCCUCUUGAGGCCUGGUAGACUGGAGGUCAAAAUGGAGAUUGGCUUGCCUGAUGAAGCCGGCCGCCUUCAGAUCCUGAAUAUCCACACACAGAAGAUGAGGCAGUCUAACAUGCUGGCCAAAGAUGUUGACAUAAAGGAGCUGGCCGUCGAAACCAAGAACUACAGUGGAGCAGAGCUGGAGGGGCUUGUUCGGGCUGCCCAGUCGACUGCUAUGAACUGCCACAUCAAGGCCAAUACAAAGGUAGAGGUUGACACAGAAAAGGCUCAGACUCUGCAGGUCAGCAGGAGUGACUUCUUGGCCUCUCUGAAUAAUGACAUCAAGCCUGCCUUUGGUUCUAAUCAAGAGGAUUACUGCAGUUAUAUCAUGAACGGCAUUGUCAAAUGGAGCAAUGCUGUGUCUGACAUACUGGGAGACGGAGAACUUCUGGUACAACAGACCAAGAACAGUGAACGCACACCACUAGUAACUGUGCUCUUGGAAGGGCCUCCUCACAGUGGUAAGACCGCACUGGCGGCUAAGAUCGCAGAAGACUCCCAGUUCCCCUUCAUCAAGAUCUGCUCACCAGACAAAAUGAUCGGCUUUGCAGAAAAUGCCAAGUGUCAGGCCAUCAAGAAGGUAUUUGAGGAUGCUUACAAGUCCCAGCUAAGCUGUGUGGUGGUGGAUGAUAUAGAGCGUCUGCUAGAUUUUGUUCCUAUUGGUCCACGGUUCUCUAACCUGGUGCUGCAGGCUCUGCUGGUGUUAUUGAAGAAACCUCCUCCUCGGGGUCGUAAGUUGCUGAUUCUCGGCACAACAAGCAGGAAAGAUGUUCUCCAGGAAAUGGGCAUGUUGGACACUUUCAGUACUACAAUCCACAUCCCCAACAUCUCAAGAGGAGAACAUCUCAUGGAGGCUCUGGAGCUUCUUGGGGGUUUCCAGGACAAAGAACGAGCAAUUAUUGCAAGAGAGGUGAAAGGACAAGCCGUGUGGUUGGGCAUUAAGAAGCUUCAGAUGCUUAUCGAGAUGUCACUGCAGAUGCCUCUUGAAUACAGAGUUAACAAGUUCUUGGCACUAAUGAGAGAAGAAGGAGGACUUGAUUCUAAUAAACAUCUGGCCAUAUAGUCUGGCAGUCCAGAAGGAGUCAGGAAAACAACGUGUGCACUUGAGAGAGAGAGAGCCAACCUGUCUGAAUUAUACCACUCUAUUCCUCACUUUCUGCAACUGUAUAUUGUACUGCAUGUUUUCAUGGCAACUACAUGACACUGCCUCUACCCUUUUCAACACUAGUUUCUUGAUUCCUCAGUAGAAAUGAACAAGUGUCAAGAUGUCAUUUGUAUAUUGCCUAGUUUUAGCGAUUUAGCGAAGUUUGAGAAAUAGUACAUUCAUGUAAAUGAAGAUCUUUAAGGUGUUUAUAAUUUAUCAUAUUUAUAUGUAUAUACCGACAUGAACCAUUUCUAUCAAUGAUGCCUUACUCCUAAAAUCUUUCACAUUGCCCUUAAUGGCACAAGAAGUAGACAUAGGUUGUCUACAUCUUAUGUUUGUUUCAGUACUCACUUCAGCAGUGCUGAUUCUUUCUCUGACCAAAUCUUCUGCUUGUUUAUGUCUUUGUCGUUGUUGAAUUAUUCUCUUAGAAACAGUUGUGCUUGCCAAUAGUAAAGAUGGAUGCUCACUGUUGUGCCUUUGCAUGUGUAAGGUUUUGUUUUAUGUUUUUAUUGUUUUCUGACUAGAAGAGCACUUGUUUUGCAAAUGAAAGGGAACAGUCCGUCCUUCCUAGGUCUCAGUAAUUUCCAUGUCAGGAACAUAGUAAAUUGUAUAUUAAGAGAUGAAGCCUCUCGUCUUGGCCUAAUGGGAGACGGACCCAUUAUUUGUGUCGGAGGCUUACAAAUGGGGCGAGCUUUGAAAUCAUAGUGGCCUUAAGUAUUGUGCACAUGAAGUAAACCCCAUGACCUACCUCCCCUCUGCCAAUCUGCCAACAGUGCCAGGACAGUUCACAUUGGCCUUGAAAUCUCCUCUUCUUUCUCUUCUUUACCUCUCUCGCUUACACACAUACACUGUUUGUAGCCCCCUCUUUUUCUCUGAACACUUAAGAAGAGCAAUAUCACUCCAUUAUGACUUUUACUGUUAAAAUCUGUCCGAAACUAGUUUAGAUGCAGAAUUUGACUGACAUCAAUAUUGCUGUUCCUUCUAACUAAUCUCAGAUGGCAUAUCACACACACAGAGUACUCAUAAAAUAUAUUUUACAUGUAAAAACAGCACGCUAACAAUAGCUUGCUAUAUUUGCUGUGUUUAUAUGGUAUGUCUGUUUGGAAUGAAUUCUUUUUCAUAAGAGAAAUAUGUGUAACACUUUACAAUAAGGUUUCAUUCAUGAACAUUAGUUAAUGCAUUAGGUAUCAUGAACAAACAAUGAACAAUUUUUAUUUUUUUACAGCAUUUAUUAAUCAUUCCUUAUAUUUGUUAAUAGAAAUACAAAUGUUCAUUAUUAGUUCAAAGUGCUUAUUUUUUAUUUUUUUUAUUAAAUUGUAAUAAUAUAUGUUGAUAUUAACAUUAACUAAGAUUAAUAAAUGCUGUAAAAGUAUGGUUCAUUGUUUAUUCAGGUUGUUUACUAAUAUUAACAAAUAGACCUGUACUGUAAUGUGUUAUCGAAAUAUGAAU